UUCUUUGUUCUGUGAAGUUAUUCUUUUCUAUAAAUUCUAUGGUUUAAGAAAAACCACGUUGUUCCUUUAUCAUCUUUCAACUCGAUCUCCUCGUCAAAAACAAGAACAAGAGCAGAAAAAUAGUCCCCCAACUUGUCGUCCCCAAUAAAAAAAAAUUGAUUUCCGUUGCGUUUCUGUCGUGUGUUUGUGUGUGCGACACAAGAAAUAUAUAAAAAUUGCAAGCCACCAAAAUGGCCAACACGAGUGGCAGCAGCGCCAACACCAGCGGCGGCGGCAGUCCCUACGACAAGAUCAUUGAAAUGAUCCAGAGAUUGGAUUUGCAAGACGAUGGCAUUGUUAUGAAUCACAAAAUCAAAUCGAUUGAAUGUGAUUUCUGCAGCAUUGUUCGCGAUGAGAAUAUGCUUAAUGAGUCGAUGGAAUACAUCAACGAAAAGGCACUCUACGAUCCAGAUACAUCGUUGAAAUUUGCUCUACUCUUUUCGUCACGCAAUUUCGAUUCGCUUGCCAUGAAUGAUACAAAAGUUCGCAGCAAAAUGUUGAAAAUACUUGAAGUGAACUUUUGUAAUGCCGAAAGAUAUCGCACUGAUGAUAAAAAUAGACUUUAUAACUCUAUAACACUGCUGGGAGAAUACUACCAUCGUGUUCGUUUAGCAGAUAACUCGCCAAUAACAAUUCUUGGUCAAUCUCUGUUGGGACUUUUAACUCGAGAAAUUGAUGGCAAUGAUAUUAUUGAUGUCAAAUUAGCCAAAUUAAUUUUAUCUCAAGUUACUCUCAAUGGAGAUAUAAUGCGGGUCAAGCACAAAGAUGAUCUCACCUUACUCCUAUUUCAUGUGCGCCGCAAUUUGAUAGAACAAAAUGCCCUUAUACCCUCGACUAAAGCCCUACUUUUAAUGACUCUCGAUUUGUACUACAGUAACUUUGCCGAUCUGGGUCAUAUGCUUGAGGAAAUGUACACAAAGUACCUAGUCGAGGAGAGUGAAUGUGACCCCAAUAACUACGUCAAUGGUAAUGCUGGCGAGGAUGUUGAAUACGAAGAUGGUCAGACAAAAAAAUGGUCAGAACUAGUUAGCGAGGAUAGUUUCUAUGAGAAUGAUCCGAGUGUAUAUUUUGAGAAUUUGAGCGUCAGUAAUGAACAACAACCCACAUCUCCUCCACAACAGCAACGCUCGCCUCCACAAAAACAUCAACAACAUCCACAGCAACAACAGCAACAACAGCAGCAACAACAAUAUCAACAAAGACAAAAUCACCAUCCUAACAAUAGUCCAAGACAGAUUGAUAGUAGCGGCCCACCACCAACACCACCAUCACAGACAAAUCGUGACGAGGAACAAGAAGAACAGAAGCCGUUACCAAGGUGGCGUGCACCACGUUUCAAUCGACCUGAUGACGAGCAUUCAGCUAACAACAAUGGGCGCAACAAUCGUCGCUUUAGUGGCAGUUACGACGACGAUCACCAUAGUUCACGCAGCGAAGGCGGAAGCAACAUAAGACUUUACAGUAUAAACGAUAGACUGCGACAUUCUCAAACAAAAUCCAACAACGGUGAUGGCGGCUGGGAGCGCAACAACGGUGGCUACCGGAAUUUCAAUGGAAAUUCGCGCGGUGGUCGCGGUAACGGUCACAAUGGUGGCAAUCGCAACAACUACCGCAACACCUACGACCCACCACCGCGAUUCCAAAAGGCUGAAAAAAUGCGCAACUCAAUGGAGCGCGAACAGUGGCGCAACAAUUAUGGCAACAAUCAUCACGAUGAUGAAAAUAGUAGUCAAGCUGGUGGUGAUGGCAGCAGGAGCUCGUCCAGAGCCCGAACUCUUCCACGUCCGCCAAAGGGCAAAUUCGACUCAUACAAUGGAGGUGGAGGCAAUAAUCGCAACCACAGUCCAUCAUCAAACAACUACCGCCAAAAUAAUAGGCCACAAAAUUCACGUAACUUUAGUCGCAGCAACCGGUACAGUAGUCAAAGUAGUUUGACUAGUGAGACUUCCGGCACAUGGGACAGGCGUCACCAUCGUCGCAAUUUCUCCAACCGACAGUCUCCACAUACACAACACAAUGAAUGGGAGGACACACACAGUGUACAUGGACAGCCGGAGGAAGAGAACUGGGACAAAAAGGACAACAAUAGUGAGUUGUCAUAAAAUAUUAACUCACAAAUAAAAAAUAAAAAAACAUCAAAACAAAUGAAAGGUGGACGCCAUAAUUAUAUAUAAUAUUAUAUUUUUUAAUGAAAAUAGAGCUUUUAAUUACUAUAUAUAUAAAAAAGAUAAUAACAUUUAUAUAGUAACAAACAACAAAUAAAAUCACAAAACAGAAUGUUAUAUUUAUGUGAAUUUUAUGAAAUAUUUUUUCAAAACAAAACAAAAAAAAACAAUAUAAACUAGAGUUUAAUUUUAUAGGUACAACAACAAAAAUAAAUAAAAAAAACAAAAUAAAAAUAAUUAAAAAAAAAAUAAAACAAAAUAAACAAAAAUUUAAAAAAAAAAACAAGAAACAAAGAAAGAAAAUUUAUGUGUAUAGAAAAAAAAUAUGAUUGUUUUAUUAUUACAUAUAAUGCAUAUGUAUUGUCGCUAAUUUUAAGAAGAUUAUAUCAACAAAACAAAAAAAAAUAUAAAUACAAUUAUAGAUAUAUAUUAAAGAAAAAAACUGGGCAGACUUUAAUUAUAUUUUUUUUCUUUGUCAUUAUUCUGAAUGAUUGUGUUUUAAAAUCAAAAGAAGGGAAUUAAUGAAAGUUACAAUUUUAUAACAUUAUUAUAAAUAUUUUAAUUAUGUCUCUCCAUUUAUAUUAUUAUAUAUAAAUAAAAAAAAAUAUAUUAUAUACUUUCGUUUAGGUUCAAAGAAGUGUUAAAAACAUUUUAUUUUAUUAGAUAUUAAUGACAUUAUAAAAUUAUGUAUAAUAAAUCAAACAAAUCUAAAAUGAUUGUAAAAAGUUUUAAAAAAAUAUUUGCAUUUUAUUUGAUUUUGUUUACAUUAAGUUUCAGCUUAAAAAAAAAUCAGUUUUAAUCUUAACUAUAGUAAAUUAAACUUCAUAGAGUUAUGGGUUUGAUAAAUACGGGACAGAAAAUUAGAGCGUAUAGAUUCUCGCCCCUUAAAGCUUUAGUACUCCACAGCGUUUAUUUUGAGACUUCAAUAUGCAGUCAUUACAAAUUUAACACAGAGUCCAACAAUAAAAUCUUGCUGAGAAUUA